UUCAAUCUUGUAUUCUUGGCGGCUGUUCCGUGGCGGCGCCGACUGCGGCGCAAAUGACCUCAAAGAAGCUUCCCUCGAUGGCCCCGACCGUCGAAAGCCUCGUCGAGUCCAAGCCGCCACUCCGUGCGCUCGUGCGCCAGUCGACCAAGGACAAGUUGUCGUUGACACCAGUGCACUAUCUCGACAAGUCGAUCAACUCGAAGCGGCAACUGUCGGGGCGGUUUACGCCCAUGGAUCUGCUCAAGGCGCCCAACCUCAAAGGCUCCCACCUCAAGGACCUCCUGCGGUCGGUGCAUUCGAAAGACGCGCUUCAUAGCUCGACCGAGUCGAUUCGAGGACCACAGCAGCCGUCGCCUGUCAGUGACAACAAGAUCAAGUCCCAUCGAGUCCAGCCCGUACCAGAUGCACCCGACCGGGUCGUCACCCUUCGACGAGAGAGUGGGUCGACAAACCACCGGCGACGGCACUCGAGCUUGAUACGCGGCUCGACGACCGGCUCGAUUCGCAGUGGCAAGGUCGUGCCGAGCGAGAUGACCCCCGAGACAACCCGCGCCGGCACCAAGCAUUUGAGCAUCAUCCAGACAACGAUGAUCGCCGGACGUCUCAAGAAGAAGGCGCAGGUCAUUUCGAUGCGGCGACGACAAACCAAGCAUUUGCAGCAGCUGGAGCUCGCGGGUAUUGCGUCGCGGCACCGAAAGGUCUUGCACCAGUACAACAUCCGCGUCGUCCGACCCGAGGAGAAACCCGCAGAAGACAUUGUCUUGCUGCAUCAGCCAAAAUAUUUGAUUCUGCCAACGCACCAGUGGUACAAGGCGUGGCAGCUCUCAACGCUGGUCAUCAUCUUGUACCAAAGCGUCAUGAUCCCGUACCAGCUCGCGUUUGACACGAGCGAUACGGCGCCGACGCAGGACCAUGCCAACAUUGCCUUCAACCUCAUCUUUGGUGUCGAUCUGCUCUUGACGUGCAACUGCGCGGUCGCCCACCCGGGUCGGCCCAACACGUACAUCACCCAUCGUCUCGGCAUCUUGAAGCACUACCUUCGGGGCUGGUUUAUCCUUGAUUUACUGGCGUGUUUUCCGAUCGAUAUCAUUGUCUACUCGACCAUCGCCGGGGCCACCAACACGAAACUCCACCUUCUCGGGCUCCUCAAGGUGCUGCGGCUCCCGCGGCUCCUUCGCCUUGCGCGCUUUGUGCGCAUUUUGCGCAUUUUGCGGAUUCCAGCAGAAUGGAAACGCUGGCUUCUCUACUCGCGGUACGCGCAUUUGAUUCGGCUCGGGUCGCUCCUCGUCACCUUUGUGUACCUCAUCCACAUCUUCAACUGCAUCUGGGGUGGGUACGUGACGAGCGCCGACUGGCCGGGCUACAUGUUUGGCGAGAGCAGCAACAACGCGACCGCCUACGUACUUGGUUUUUACUUUGUGCUCACGACGGUCAUGGGCCAAAACUCGCUGCUGCAGACGCAGACCGAGUACGUCUACGCGUGCAUGCUCAUUGUGAUUGGGUCCGUCCUCAUGGCCACCGUCUUUGGCAACGUCGCCAACCUCAUUUCCAAUUUCUACGAAAACCAAAACAACUACAAAAAAAAGAUGGAGAAGCUUCUCGGCAGCAUGAACUUGAUGAAGCUCCCGCUCGACCUCCAAAACCGCAUCAACGAGUACUACCAAGUCAUGUGGGAGCGCCAUGGCACGCUCGAUGGUCAGCCGCUCUUGUUCACAAAAGAGCUCUCGCGCAACUUGUCGGUCGAAGUCGAGCUCUAUCUGCGCAUGGACAUGAUCAACAGCGUACCGGUCUUUCAGCGCUGCAGCAAAAAGGUCGUCCAAGAAAUUGUCAUGCGCCUCCAGCUGCAAGUGUACCUGCCCGGCGACUACAUAGUUGUCAAAGGCGAGAUCGGCUUGGACAUGUUCUUUGUUCAAAGUGGCACGUGCGAAGUGACCAAGCCGCUCUCGGCCGACCCGCGGCCGUACGACAACGAAGAGAUCCUCAAAGUGCUGACGCAAGGCGACUACUUUGGUGAAAUCUCGCUCUUGAUGAAUUGCAAACGCACGGCCAACGUGCGUGCGUGCACGUUUGCCGAGCUCUGCGUCUUGACGCGGUCGGCAUUCGAAGACAUUACGGCCCAGUACAUUGACGACCGCGUCACGAUCGAGAAGUUCAUCAAGGAAAUGUACGACCCGAAAGCGCUCGAAGCGAUUCUCAAGGCCCAAAAUGAAGACGAGCUGACGCCGCAUGAAGUCCGCGCCGAGGAAAAACUCAACGCGAUCAUGGAGACGAUGGCAGCUACCAACGCCAAGAUCGAGCGCUUGGAGACGCUCGUGACGCUGCUCUUGCCCCACGCACCAGCGUCGUUGCUCCCCCGCGCGACGACCGGCGGUCCAUCGCUGGACUGCUGGACAGAGACGCGGCACGGACACCCCAAAAUUCUCGAGUAGAAAAGGAAGUCGCUCGAGACCACUAUUUAUUUAACUGCUGUCGAUGCCCAC